AUGGCUCAAGCAGCUGCAUCUAAUUUAAAACGACGUAUUUUGGGCCCGCGUUUAGAAUCAAAUUCAAAUACAACUAUUACUAAUAGUAAUAAUAAUUCUUCAAAUUCAAAUGGACUGAACAGUAAUUCCAUCGCUGGAACGUCUAAUGGAAGUUUAACAAAUGGUGCUGCAUAUUCGGCAGCAUCGUCCAUUUCUUCGGCAAUUCCGUUAUCUACACAUUCUCAAUUAUCUGUAUCAAUCGAACAUCCUCGUUUACGUAUUGAUCGUCGUUGUAUUGAAAAAGUAUGGAAACAAAUGGAUCGUAUUGUUAAAUAUUGUCAAUAUCCUAAAAUGAAUUUAAAAAAUUCACCACCGUACAUGCUCGAUAUAUUACCAGAUAUGUAUCAAACUUUGAGACAAAUAUUAACAAACUAUGAUGAUCGAUUACAUAUUCUAAAUGAUAUUGAUUAUUUUCGAAUAUUUAUGGGAAAUUUAAUUGAUAAAUGUUCAAAAACAAUUGAUUGUUUUAAACGUGCUGGACACUCGAUGUAUGAUGAACAAAGUAGUCAUCGAAAACAUUUAACAAAAUUUUCACUCUAUUUUUCACAUAUAUUGGUAGAAUUAAAAUCACUAUUUCCAAAAGGAAUGUAUGAAGGAGAAAAAUUUCGAAUUACAAAACCGGAAGCAGCUGAUUUUUGGAAAAAAAAUUUCAAUGAAAGAACAAUUGUUCCGUGGGAACAAUUUAAGGAUAUUCUCAAUCGAACUCAUCCAAUACAAUCUGGUAAUGAAUCAGCGGCUCUACAAAAUACAAUUGAUUUAACAAAUAAUAAUUAUGUUUCCAUAUUUGAAUUUGAUGUUUUUACUAGAUUAUUUCAUCCUUGGUCAUCAUUACUAACAAAUUGGAAAUUACUUGCUGUUACACAUCCAGCAUUUAUGGCAUUCAUGACGUAUGAUGAAGUGAAAGCUAUUUUAACAAAUUUUAUCGAUAAACCCGGCAGCUAUGUAUUUCGUUUGUCGUGUACAAGACUUGGUCAAUGGGCUAUUGGAUAUGUUACAGCUAAUGGUACAAUUUUACAAACGAUACCUCAAACAAAACCGUUAAUUCAAUCGCUAAUUGAUGGCGAGAGAGAAGGAUAUUAUAAAUAUCCAAAUGGACGUACAGUAACAAUUGAUCUAUCAUCCGCACUUCAACCAUCUGAUUCUGAUCGUAUCUAUGUAUCAGAAGAACAAUAUGCCAUUUAUUGUGACAUGGGAACGUCGUUUGAAUUAUGUAAAAUAUGCAAUGCAAAUAAUAAAGAUAGUAAAAUACAACCAAGUUCAAUGUCAAAAAUGAAUUUGGCUUGUCCAUUUUGUCGAGCCGAAAUAAAAGGAUUUGAACCAGUGGUUAUUAGUCCAUUUGAAAAUAAUCUAAAACAAACCACUGAACAAACAACAAAUGAUAUGAAUGAUUUUGAUGAUCAUAGAUUAGAAUCAAAUAUGCAAGUUCAAGAUCUGGCUACAUUGGCUGCUAGACCAGCUCAAAAUGAGUCUUCUGAUCCAUUGGAUAAUAUUUCACCUACACCACCACCUAUUCCUCCCCGUCCUCUUCAAAAGCUUGAAAAAAAAGAAAACGAUCAUCAUCAUCGAUCGUAUCAUCCUUCACGUCGAAAUCACGGCCUGCCACCCCUUCAUUCAACUUUUAAUGACAUAAACGAUGUAACUCCACGACAUUCUCAAACUCAACCGACCGAAAGAUUAUCGCCAUUUACAUCGUCAAACGAAAGCCUAAACGAUUCAUUCGCCACAUCGGCAUCGACUUUUCAAAAUGGCACAAAUCACUCACCAAAUUCUUCGCGUCAAAAUCUUGGUCGAUCAACUGUUCAUUCCAUCACAUUGGACUCAGCUGAUCAUUUUCGAACAAUUGAUGAUGUAAGUCGCCGUCUACUCGAAGUAGGUUAUUCUGAUGAAGUACGAAUUCAAGCAGCGUUAACAUUGACCAAUGGUCUUAAUUUAACUAAACAAUUUGAAAUGGCAAAAAAAUUUUUGGAUCAAGUACAACAACAACAUGAGCCAAACAAUUAUUUAAAAAUGAAAGGAGACAUUCCAAGUUCUUGUGUGGCAUCCGUUUUUUCCGAUAUUGAAUCAGAAGAACAGCUCAAAGAUAUUGAAAAAUUUAUGCGUGAACAUGGUGUUGGACAGGAUCCAGACUUUUCAUCCGAUGUUCUUGUGAAUAAAGUUGAAUCAAUUAUUCGAGAAUUACGUGGCGUUUUAAAAGAUUCGAUACAUGAAGGAGAAAUGGAAAUGUUUCUUAAUUCGAUUACAAGUACAACAUUAUUGGUAGCAGUGGAUAAAAUAAAUCGACCAAUAUUGAGUUUUUGUGAUGCCAUUGUUGAUGCUAAUUUACCUGAAAAAUAUGGACCAAUGAAAGUUCGAGUUUUAACAAACUUGAUUUAUGUUGCACCCGAAGGUAGUAAUGUUGAUAAAUAUCGAAUAUUUGUUAAUCUGGUUAAAUGUGCACGAAAUCAUCGUUGUAUAAAUGCCGUAACCAUUGGAUUAAAUCAGGUUAAAGAAUGGAUUAAAGAAUGGAAAGUAUCAACAGAACAAGUUCAAGAUCUUUAUCGUUUUAUGUAUGAAGCAUAUGCAGCAGCGAAAGAUACGGAUAAUGCACUUAAACUAUUGCUUGAACUAUUGGGAACAUACACAAAAGAAAAUGCAUCUAAAGCACGUGCUGAUGCCAUCAACAGUAUUGGGGAUCCCAAUGUGUUUAUUAUGGAUCAUUUGUUGUUACUUGAACCGGUUAAAUAUCUCGAAGGUGAAACAAUUCAUAAUUUAUUGACAAUAUUUGUCUCAGGAAAAUUACAAAACUAUUUAGACUUUUAUUCAAAUCAAAAGAAUUUUAUUGAAUCAUCCGGCCUCAAUCACGAACGUAACGUUGAAAAAAUGCGUUUAUUAACAUUUUUACAAACAGCUGAAAAUCAAAAAGAGUUAACAUUUGAUUUAAUACAACAAGAAAUGCAUAUAGAAUCAGACGAAGUUGAAUCAUUUGUCAUUGAAGCUGUGCGAACAAAAAUGAUUCGUUGUAAAAUCGAUCAUCUUAAUCGCAAAGUAAUGGUUGAUUCCACGGCACAACGAACAUUCACACGUCAACAUUGGCAAUCGCUAAGAGAAAGCUAUUCAUCACAGGAUGGACCUUCGAUUGUGAAUGAUGAUGAGCCGUUAUUACGAGAAAAUCCAUCGAGAUAUGUUUUAUUUCCAAUUAGAUACCACGAUAUUUGGACAUUUUAUAAAAAGGCCUUAGCAUCAAUAUGGACUGUUGAGGAAGUGGAUUUGUCUAAUGAUAUGAAAGAUUGGCUUCGUUUAACACCUGAUGAACAAUAUUUUAUUAAGCAUGUGCUCGCUUUCUUCGCAGCUAGUGAUGGAAUUGUUGGAGAGAAUCUUGUUGAAAAAUUUUCCUCGGAAGUUCAAAUACCAGAAGCUAGAUGUUUCUAUGGUUUUCAAAUAGCAAUUGAAAAUAUUCAUUCCGAAAUGUAUAGUCUAUUGAUUGAUACAUAUAUCAAAGAUACUCGUGAAAGAGAUGUUUUAUUUAAUGCCAUAUCAACAUUACCAUACGUUAAAAAGAAAGCCGAUUGGGCAAUACGUUGGAUAAAUACAAAAUCACCAUUUGCUGAACGUUUAGUCGCAUUUGCCGCUGUUGAAGGUAUCUUUUUCUCUGGAUCAUUUGCAUCGAUAUUUUGGCUGAGAGAACGUGGAGUAAUGCCCGGUCUUACAUUUAGUAAUGAAUUAAUUAGUCGUGAUGAAGGCUUGCAUACCGAUUUUGCCUGCUUAUUAUUUUAUCAUAUGGUUCACAAACCUAGUAAUGCCCGUGUUGAACAAAUAAUUCGUGAAGCAGUAGAAAUUGAAAUUGAAUUUUUAACGGAUGCUUUACCCUGUUCAUUAGUUGGAAUGAACAGUAAAGCGAUGGCACAGUAUAUUAAAUUUGUUGCUGAUCGACUUUUAACAGAAUUAGGUUGUUCAAAAAUUUGGAAUGAAGAAUGUCCGUUUGAAUUUAUGAAUAAUAUCUCCAUGCCUGGUAAAACGAAUUUUUUUGAAAAACGUGUUGGUGAUUAUCAACGUGCUGGUGUCAUGGCUCAAGAAGUUGAUCAUAAACUAUCAUUAGAUACAGAGUUUUGA